GAGGGUCUCGAAACCUGGUAGCGACCAGGGGGCCGGGACCAGAUUACGGCGAUCUGCAGCCCUUAAGCAGCCCCCCCACCCCCAGAUCCCCCAGAUCUCACGGGCAAUCCUCUUCUUCCUGCACAUCGCCCAGCUCUUUCUCUUUCCCCUUGGCAGCCCUAUCCAACUCUCGCAACUCUCCAAGACAUUACCUCGUCUCUGCCAACAGGCUUGAUUUCUCGGGGCCGCCAGGCGGUCUUCGCCCAUUGCCGACUGGAAGUUUUUAACCUCGAGUUUGUGGGCGCAUUGCACGCUCCACGAGUCUACCAAGAUGCAGUCCGAUCAAAGUCGACAGAAUAGCCUCGUCAUCACCGCCUCGGUCCUGGUUGGACUCUCCGUACUCGUCGUCGCUACACGACUGGUCAUUCGCCUCGGCGUCAUUCGCAAUGCCGGCUGGGACGAUUAUACCAUCGGCGUGGCACUGAUAUUCGCCAUCGGGUACCUUGCCGAGAUCCUCGUGGGCGCGGCCAAUCGCAUGGGGUUCCCGAUGGCCGAUCUGACCAUGGAGAACAAAGUCAUCUUUUUCAAGGCCACUCUUGCGAUCGAAGUUACCUACUACUCGGCUGUGGCAUUCGUCAAGCUAUCUCUUCUCUGCAUGUUCCUGCGGUUUAUUAUAUCCCGGAGGCUGCGAAUGAUAUGCUACGUGACCAUCGGCGUCCACAUCGUUUUCUACAUUGUCUGUGUCUCGGUCACACUAGGGCAAUGUCGGCCCUUCAAUAAGUUCUGGGAUGCAACGUUUACCGCUCCCGGGUCUUGUAUCAACGGGACUGCAUUUUUCUAUUUCACGUCCUCGUUCAACAUCGUCACGGAUUUCUGGAUCCUCGGGCUUCCCAUCAAGACUCUCAACGGCAUCAGCCGGCCCAGGAACGAAAAGCUAACACUCAUCGCCAUCUUCGGCGUUGGUCUGUUUGCGACCAUUACAUCCAUCAUCCGUCUGCGCACCAUCUACACAUACACCCUGUCCACGGAUCCCUUCCGGGACAGCAUUACGAUCAAUCUCUGGUCGAUUAUAGAGAUCAACGUCGGCAUAAUGUGCGCCAGCGUCCCAGCGCUGAAGCCCCUGUUCACGCCGAGCAAGCUCCGCCAGGUUACCAGGGGCACCAAGCAGUCGGCGGGCUACAGGUUCCACAGCUCGGAGAGGUCGGGAGUAGAGCAGCGGACAAAGUCGGACGAACAGCUCUGCGCCCCCUAUGAGCUGAGCGAGACAUCGCGGUCGGCGGCUGCAAAAUCGUCAAGCGAGGUCGAGUACCCUCCAACUCGGGUCGGGCCAUCGCGAUGAGAAGGUGGUGGUGUUGGAGAGGAAGGGAGCAGACGGAACAAUAAAAGCAUGGAUAGGCAGACGGCUUGCGGAUUAGGAGUUGGGG